UUGUCUCUCAUUUUUAUCUUUAUUAUUGAAGCAAGCGAAGACGAAGAGCAACCGGGUCACCUGCUCCGCAAGCGGCUCAAGUGCAGCGAUGAAGCCGAAGACACCGUCUACUCUCGGGCGGCGCUGCUAACGACCAUCGUCGAGUUAGAUGCGUUGGAGCCCGAUUUUUCGAUCAUUUACAUCAAAAUCGUCUUCGAAUUUGCCAUUGGAUUUCGCGUCGAUGAGACAAUUGGCAGCAAUUGCCAGUUCCUGCAAUUUAUAGACUCGCGCGCCAAGCGGCGGCACCAACUGGUGGACCAUGUGGUGGUCUCGGAGAUCCGAAGGUGCCUGGAGGAAGGCCUAGAGUUAUAG